UUACCGGCAUGGCGUGCACAGGAAAAUACUGUUUUUCUCUGAAGAUGUUCUCUUCCAAACAGUUGCUACUUCGUCCCUGCUCCCCGCCUGUGGCAUGCACUCGCCGUAUAGCAGCGCCAGAGUCAGAGCGGGAAAUUCUACGACUGUUUAAUAAUGCAAACAUCUCUAUGGUUUAAGGCGCUACAGAAUAGACAAAAUACCACAUAUGUACUUGUAAAACCGGAUAUGCCGAUAUCUUCAUCAACAUUCAGAUAUAAAACGUCCUGGAAAGGGUUUUCCAGAGUUGAAGAGUGACCUAGUUUGACAGGAGCAAGCUUUGUAACAACAGCAGGAUUGUUUUCGUCAGGGAAUAUGUUCUAUCGUCAAUGUCAUACUGCCUAUGUGAGUCUGUAGAGAUGACACGUUAUCCCAGUAGCGGAGUUGUUAAACUGGCGCCAACCCAACUUGAUAUUGAUAGAAUUUCUGCAAUGCGACAUUUGUUCUCCAAAUUUUCGGCAUGACAUUCUAGUGGAAAUAAGCAGUCCGUCGAAUGUUGAAAUACAUGUGAUGAUUUCUACCGAUUCGUAUAUUCUGGAAACUAAUCUUAAAAUAUUUCUUAAAGAAACCGAUUAUUGACUGGGAAAUCACUUGAAGAUGUCUCUUUCCGAUAUAGAAAUCGAAAUCGAUGAACCGGAAGUAAGUCCUCGGAAGUUCUUCCGUCAGAGGUCAAGGUCGGACGUUUCUUUAGCAACAGCUGUCCAGACUAUUCAAAUGACAAAGACACCAUGUGUUUAUUUAUUGAAAAAUCCAUCAGUAAUACACUUUUGCGAGUUGAGAAAAGUUUUAAAAAACACUAAAACUAAUUGUAUGGAGGAAUUCUUGCAUCAUGCUGGUUUGGAGUUGCUUUUUGAAUGUUUAAGUAAUCUGGGGCGUUACCCUGGGCGAUUUGCUAAUAUGGUGCUGAUGCUGGAAUGUGUUAUGUGCAUUCGAACAGUGAUGAACUCGUCUCUAGGACUUGGAUGUCUUAUAGGCCGGCGAUGUCACCACGGGUUCGCUAAAGCACUGGAUACAAACAAUGUCAUGGUAAAGAAGCAAGUAUUCGAACUACUGUCCGCCCUCUGUGUGUACUCGUCCGAGGGUUAUGUGCUGGCCCUAGACGCGUUGGAGUCCUACAAGUCACUGAAGAAACAGCGGUACCGGUUUAGUCUCAUUGUCAAUGAACUGCGCAUGGCGGAACUGGUUCCGUACAAAACUACCAUCAUGGGGUUCAUCAACUGUAUCCUCGUUGCCACGGAAGCAUUGGAGGACCGCACAUGCGUACGGAACGAAUUUAUAGGCUUGAACUUGUUGGAUAUUAUCAACAACCUUCGGAAUGAGGACGACGAUGACUUGGUUAUUCAGUGCGACGUGUUCGACGAGGAGAAGCAGUCGGAUGAUGAUGAAUACGCCGAGCUGAACCCUGAAAUCGUCAACCUAAAUGACCACAGGGACGUGUUUAACGCUGUCCUCCAGAAGGUGUAUAACACUCCUCAUUCGGACGUGUUCAUGAACGUGCUACAGUUACUUCUACAGAUUGAUCCCCAGAGCCCGAUCAGCGAUUUGCAGUGGAACUUUGUGGAGUCCACUGUGCGGAAAGCCAUUUUGGUGGACACUUAUGCCGUUGGAAAGCGUUCGUUCUCUGAACUGGUUGGAUCCAUGUUUCCCUCCACCAUGAAAGUCCCAUCCGUGUCCACAGGUGUACAAACUGACAAGGUCAGAGGACAGGUGGGCCACUUCAGUGAUACGGACACAAGUGCCGUGUCUCCCUCUACUGGUGAAUCUAUGCCAUGUCCUAAUCCGGCCAAAAGUGUUACAAAUGAAAUAGACACGACACUUACCUGUAAGGAGUCUCCACUGACCUGUAUGGUCGCUCCACUGACCAGCACGGUAGCUUCUUUAUCCCGUGCGGUCGCUCCACAGACCAUUCCUGACCCAUGUGUGCUGUGUGGUAGUCACACUCCAUCCAAAUUAUCAUAUCAGCAAAAACAACAUAUCAAGCGAAUUCUGAUGAAUGACAUUCCUGAUGCCUUAUCAAAUAAUGUAGGGUUACAUAUCCCCGCCCCUCCCCCGCCGCCACCUGUCCCGGGAACUGCAGGACCACCACCGCCUCCCCCACCCCCUCCAGUUCCAGGCGGCUUCGCACCUCCUCCGCCUCCACCCCCGCCCCCACCCAUGCCAGGAAUGGGAGGAACCGCCCCUCCACCUCCACCCCCGCCCCCACCUAUGCCAGGAAUGGGUGGGGCCGCUCCACCACCUCCGCCCCCUCCUCCACCUAUGCCAGGAAUGGGUGGGGCCGCCCCUCCACCUCCUCCCCCGCCGCCAAUGCCAGGUAUGGGUGGGAUACCACCACCCCCGGGAGGUGUGCCUCCGCCACCUCCACCCCCAGGGAUGGGAAAGAUACGACCUUUGCCUGCCAAUAUGACAUUUUCUCCAUAUCAACAACCUGCUAAACAUCUGUGGACGCCUAAACCCAAACACAAGAUGAAGGUGUUCAACUGGACCAAGGUCCCGCCCCAGACCAUAAGUGGCCAUGACAGUGUAUGGAAGGACGUACUUGACAUGGACGAUGCCAUAAAGGUGAAGUACGAGACGAUAGAACAGCUUUUCUGUCAAAAGUCCAAGACCGUUAAAGUUGUGGAGGAGAAGAAAGUCAAAGUGCCAAAAGAGGUGAUUAUUCUGGAAAUGCAGAGGAGCAUGAACGUAAACAUAUUCCUAAAGCAGUUUAAGUGCAGUCACAAAGAUAUCCUUCACAUGAUAUCCGAAGGGAACACGGAACAGCUCGGACUGGAGAGACUCAGGGGACUACAGAAGAUUCUUCCAACAGCUGAUGAAAUAACCAGUAUCAAAGCUUAUGACGGCGAUAAAAGUAAGCUCGGAAACGCAGAAAAAUAUUACCUUACUCUUGCUGAGCUGCCCGCCUAUCGUCAACGUAUCGAGGGGAUGGUGAUGAAAGACGACUUCAAAUUGGCCACCGACAUGCUUCGACCAAACAUCAAGACCUAUACCCGAGCCUGUGAGGACGUCCUCGACAACGAGUCCUUCAAGGUCUUCUUAAGGUUCAUUCUCCAUACUGGCAACUUCCUAAACGCCGGAGGCUAUGCCGGUAACGCCCUGGGAUUCAAGAUCAGUUCUCUGAACAAGCUGAUGGAUACCCGAGCCAACAAGCCCCGAGUGACCCUAUUACAUUAUUUGGUGAGCGAAGCCUUGAAAGAGAACAAGGGCUAUCUCAAAUUUGUAGACGAAAUGUGGCCUGAUUUGUCGGCCGCUUCCAGGUACACGACGGAGGCCAUGGCGUCAGAAUUAAAACAAACCUCGAAAAAUAUCAACAAUUUUGCAAAUCAGCUCAAAACUUGUCCGGAUGAUGUCAGGAACCAGCUUCAAACAUUUGUGGGCGAUGCGAAAUCGGAAAUAAAAGAACUAAAUGCUGGCCUGGACAGGAUUGCAGAGCUCGGGAAGAAGCUAGCAGAACAUUUUUGUGAAAAUGAGAGCAGUUUCAAAAUAGAGGAAUGUGUUGCUACCAUGACUACAUUCUGUGAGAAAGUUAAGCAAUGUGAAAAGGAAAAUGAACAAAGACGUGUCCAGGAGGAGAAGGCAGAGAGGCGACGAAAACAGCAAGCAGAAAUGAAAUCAAACCCUAAGCAAUGUAAGAAGAACAUUCCAGAUCAGGAUGAGGGUUGUAUCAUUGACAAACUGUUAAAUGACAUCAAGAAAGGAUAUAAACUGCGAAAGGCAACAACUCCAUCACCCUCUCCCGUCAAACAUGACAAAGUGGACGGAACAUCAAACCCCAUUCCUCCUUCAUCUGUAUCAACAGUGGCGGACAAAUCUGACAACACUCUCCCAACUGUCAAUGGUAACGUCACUGACUCUCUUGUCAAUAAAGAUUUCAAUGAUGCUGAAAAAAUUGACGUCAUCGAAUCUCGAACAAAUAGCAUCUCAGAACAACCUGCCAAUGGCGGACAUGAACUAUCUACCGUGAGUGAAGAAUGCCUUCCUCAGAAGGAUGAAUGCGCAGUAAGAAAGGAUGCCUUGCAAAUUUCAGUUGAUAAAACUGACAACAAUGUAAAUGUCGAAAACAAAGAGAAUUCGUCAGAAACAAUUUGUUAGUUUGUUUAUCUCAGUUACAUUUUUACGGUAUAAAUAUUAUUGGUUCCGCGUUUUAAAAAGUAAUCAGUAUAGUCACUGAAUGUGAGAAACUCGUUUAAUGCUUACAACAAACUUAUUGUUUAAACCACAGUUUUGUUUAUAAUGUACCUAACAAUUGACAUUAAAUAUGAAAUUAGAUUUCGUUAUGUUUGUAGGGUGUAUAUAUGUGAAGUACAAAUUGUACCUUACAGCUGUUUAAUACAUUAGCAACCCUGCUUUCACUGAGAAAAGUGCCUGCUUUGCGUUUGAAUACUAGCUUUUCCAAUAUUUUAAAAUGCAUUUUCAAGUCAAACACCGAUGAAAGCUAGUUGAUAAAAUCGGUUGGAUUGCUGUCUUUGUAUCAGUUUUUUCUUAAGUUCUUAAAUGAAGUCGCGGUUUUUAAUUUGAUUUGUUUGCUAGCUUUGCCUUUAAUGUGUAUUUUUUGGUAACAAAGUCGUUGCAAAAUGUCUUUGUAACAUUCGUCAGUUGGAAUAUUUCAAAGGAAUGGAAAGAUAUUAGUUAAUUUCCCCUUGAUGGCUAGGAAAAUUAGCAAAUAUACUUGAGUAACCGGAUGAAAUAUGAGUAGAAUGAUU